AAUGGCGGUUUAAGGGGUUGGCGGAAGCUAGCUUUGCAAUAUGGCGACCGAGGUAGACGGGCUGCUCAAACGGGUGCUGGUGCCGAUUCUUUUACCUGAGAAAUGCUACGACCAAAUUUUCAUCCAGUGGGACUUGCUUCACGUUCCCUGCCUCAAGAUUCUCCUCAGCAAAGGCCUGGGGCUGGGCAUUGUGGCUGGCUCACUUCUGGUAAAACUACCCCAAGUGUUUAAAAUGCUGGGAGCCAAGAGCGCGGAAGGGUUGAGUCUCCAGUCGGUAAUGCUAGAGCUAAUGGCGUUGACCGGGACCAUGGUCUACAGCAUCACCAACAACUUCCCCUUCAGCUCUUGGGGUGAAGCUCUGUUCCUGAUGCUCCAGACAGUCACCAUCGCCUUCCUGGUCCUGCACUACAGAGGACAGACUGUGAAAGGUGUUGCCUUCCUAGCGUGCUCCGCCCUGGUCCUGCUGGUGCUGCUUUCACCACUGACGCCCCAGGCUGUAGUCACCCUGCUCCAGGCCUCCAACAUGCCUGCUGUGGUGGUGGGAAGGCUGCUCCAGGCAGCCACCAACUACCGCAAUGGGCACACGGGCCAGCUCUCAGCCAUCACAGUCUUUCUGCUCUUUGGGGGCUCCCUGGCCCGAAUCUUCACCUCCAUUCAGGAAACUGGAGACCCCCUCAUGGCUGGAACCUUUGUAGUCUCUUCCCUCUGCAAUGGCCUCAUCGCUGCCCAGCUCCUCUUCUACUGGAAUGCAAAGGCUCCCCACAAGAAGAAAAAGGAGCAGUAGAGUUGAGCUGGCUCCUGGAGUACAUUCCAUGUUUCUAUUCAUCCACCCAACCUUGGGAUCCUUCCCAUCUGAACCAGUCGGCUGGU